AUGGGAAGCCAGCCAGAUCUGUCGAAGGAGCAAUUGUUCCGAGACGCCAAUCAAGCUCUCGACUACGAUGUUCUCAUUGUCGGCGCCGGCCUCAGUGGCAUCUUUUCACUCCAUCGCAUGAGAGAACUUGGUCUGCGGACCAAGGUCCUCGAAGCAGGCCCCGAGGAAGGUGGAACAUGGUUUUGGAACCGUUACCCAGGCGCGCGAUUCGACUCCGAGAGCUAUUCAUACAUCUUCUCAUUCUCACAGGAGGUUCUGGAUGAGUGGGACUGGACCGAGCACUUCUCCCCUCAGCCGGAGACCCUCAAAUACAUCCAAUACCUUACCAAGAAGUUUGACCUCAAGAGCGGCAUGCAAUUCAACACCAGGAUCAAGUCAGCGCAUUUUCAGAAAGCGACACAGUCGUGGCUCUUGACGGAUACGGACGGCAAACAAUACACCUGCAGAUACCUAGUCACAGCGAUGGGCAUUCUCAACGAGCCGACGCUGCCUAACAUCCCCGGCGUGCACGACUACAAGGGCCAGGCCUGGCACACCGCCAGGUGGCCGAAACACGCUUCUAUGGAGGAGCUGAAGGGCAAGCGCGUCGGCAUCAUCGGUACGGGCGCAACGGCCAUCCAGACGAUCCAGGAGAUCUACAAGUCCGUAGGCAGCCUAACUGUCUUCCAAAGAACGGCAAACUGGACUGCUCCACUGAGGAACAGCAAGAUCAGCCCAGAGGAGAUGAAGGAGAUCCGAAAGAGCUACCCUGAAAUCUUCAGAAAGUGCCAAGAGUCAGGACGCCACAAGCAAUGGGAGGAGCUCUACGCCCAGCGCGGCUUUGCCAAGGUCCUCAGCAUCUCUGGCGACAUUUACACAGACAAGGCGGCGAACAAGUUGUACAGCGACUUCCAGGAGAAGAAGAUUCGCGCGCGCAUUCGCGACCCCAAGGUCGCGGACAAGCUGAUCCCCAAGAAUCACGGCUUCGGCACUCGUCGUGUGCCCCUUGAGAGCGGAUACUACGAAGCCUUCAACGAGCCCCACGUCACCCUGGUGGACAUCAAGGAUGACCCUAUUGAGACCGUCACCGCAAAGGGUAUCAAGACGCAGAGCGAAGACUUCGAGUUCGAUAUUCUCAUUUACGCCACGGGCUUCGACGCCGUGACGGGAUCGUUCCGGGCCGUUGAUUUUGAGGGCUUGAACGGAACCAAACUCAAUGACGUAUGGAGUGACGGUAUUCAGACCUUCCUGGGUCUUACCGUCAAGGAUUUCCCCAACAUGUUCAUGAUCAUGGGCCCGCACCAAAUGUUCGGCAACAUCCCCCGGAGUAUUGAGUAUGCGGUGGAGUGGGUUUCAGGGUUCAUCCGCUAUGCUCGGGACAACAAUAUCAUCUACGCCGAGGCCACGGAGGAGGGAAUGGCCAAAUGGACGGAGCAUGUGUGGAAGUGUGGCGAAGGACUUCUCGCGAAUGAAGUUGAUUCUUGGAUGACGGGUGUGAACAAGAACUUGGCGCACAAACAAAAGAGGUCGAUGACCAGAUAUAACGGGCCGGCACCUGGAUACAGGGGCCGAUGUGAGGAGGUGAAGGAGAGGAGCUAUUCGGACUUUGUAUUAGCAUGAUAAAUUGCGUUGGCGCUCAUCAUUUCAAGUUUUAUUAGUUAUUUCAUGUGUAAA